GUUGCUAUAAUGUUGAUUUUCAUGAUUUCAGUCAUGCCCUCAUACUUCCCAGUUACUGUAGAAUACUUUUUAGAAUAUUUCUGAUACUGUAAUGUUGCUGAAAAACCUGAGUGUGAUCAGGUGAAAUGACUUUUGUCUGGACCUAACACUGGAGAGCCUGUGUUCGAAUGUCCCGUAAUGGCACCGUAAUGGUGUUAUGUUGCAGACACCAAGUGACGGGAUCUUGACUGAACCUUCUGGAGACCAAGAAGGGAGUGAGAGAUCCACUUCAUCCUUACAACAGACACCAAGUGACCUGACUGAACCCUCUGGAGACCAUGAAUGGAGUGAGAGAUCCACUUCAUCCUUACAACAGACAUCAAGUGACAGGUACCUGACUGAACCCUCUGGAAACCAAGAAUGGAGUGAGAGAUCCACUUCAUCCUUACAACAGACACCAAGUGACCUGACUGAACCCUCUGGAGACCAAGAAUGGAGUGAGAGAUCCACUUCAUCCUUACAACAGACACCAAGUGACCUGACUGAACCCUCUGGAAACCAAGAAUGGAGUGAGAGAUCCACUUCAUCCUUACAACAGACACCAAGUGACCUGACUGAACCCUCUGGAAACCAAGAAUGGAGUGAGAGAUCCACUUCAUCCUUACAACAGACACCAAGUGACCUGACUGAACCCUCUGGAGACCAUGAAUGGAGUGAGAGAUCCACUUCAUCCUUACAACAGACAUCAAGUGACAGGUACCUGACUGAACCCUCUGGAAACCAAGAAUGGAGUGAGAGAUCCACUUCAUCCUUACAACAGACACCAAGUGACCUGACUGAACCCUCUGGAGACCAUGAAUGGAGUGAGAGAUCCACUUCAUUCUUACAACAGACACCAAGUGACCUGACUGAACCCUCUGGAGACCAUGAAUGGAAUGAUAGACACACUUCAUCCUUACAACAGACACCAAGUGUUCCGAUCCUGAUGAAACCUUUUGAAGAUCAAGAAAGGAGUGGAAGAUCCACUUCUUCCUUACAACAGACACCAAGUGACCUGACUGAACCCUCUGGAGACCAUGAAUGGAAUGAGAGAUAAAUUCUCAAAAUUCUCAAAUUUUCAAAAUUCUCAUUAUUUCCUGGAAUAUCUUAUUUUGAUUAUUUUAUUUUUCCAUUUUUAAUAAAUAAUGCCUUCUUUUACAGGUGGGAAUAAGAGACGCGCGUGGACAGAUUAUGAAGUGAAGGCUGUUGAGCGACAUAUGUUUGAUUUCAUAACAAGCCAUAAAGUUUCAGGUAAAACGAGCUGUGAGUCCUGUCUCCACGCAGAGCCAGCAGCUCUGAACGACAGAGGCUGGGUGUCCAUCAAAAACUACAUCCACAACAGGAUAUAACUGCAUUAAAAAGGGAAAUGAAUGGCUAGUCCAUUGAAAUGCGAGCACGUCUGGGUACAUUUCAGUUCAAGUUAACUAAAGCAAUAGCAAUGGUGCAUUUAGGGUGGGAUGGUCAAUUAUGGAUUUCAUAUUUGUUGUUGGAUACUGUGUUUCACGUUUGUUGUUUCAUGAUCUUCAAGAGCAAUUUGGAAAAUCCUUGAAGAUGUAUGAACAUGUAAAUUAUACUGUAUAUCAGGCAUGUCCCGAUCUGGGCCUGGAGGGCCACUGUCGUGCCUGUUUUCCAGCUCUCCCGGCUGCAUCACACCUGUUUCAGAUGAUCAGUUCAUCAGUCAGCUCUGAUGCAGCAUUAGAACAUCCUGGGAGAGCUGGAAAACAAAAAGACAGCGGCCCUUGAGGACCGACUUUGGACACUCCUGCUGUAUAUAAACGUACGUACGAUAUACAAACUUCUCACAAAAGAUAGGCUUAUUAGGUUUGAGGUGAUAUUUCGGAAAAACCCUAAAACAUUUGAAUUCAUCCUAUUUCAAGAAUUUCAAUACUUUUUGAAAAGUUGCUUUUGUCUAACGGUAGCUAAAGAAGUUGCUACACACAUGGCACAAUAUAUGGCCAGAUUCAUUAAAAAUUCUUCAUCGCAGUAUUCACAUUUUGACAUAAUCUUCUUCAGUUCAAACAACCCUCAUCUAUUGCAGUGCUUUGUGUCAUGGAGAGGAGGUGGCAUGUUUUCUGUGUUCAUAAUUUCAUAUUGUCAGCAAUUAAAAAAUAAGAAAGUGGACUGACCACAUAUUUAACCGUCUCUUCUUCUUCACAGCUUAUUUUACUAUCUUGUAUUAUUAAUGUGAAUAUUUGAGGGAUGACGGGUAUAACGACUGUUUGGCACAUUCGCCUCACAGUUCAGCAAUUGAUAUUUGAAUGUUUGAAUCUGGGCAUCCUUCCUUUGUAGAGUUCUCCCCAUGCCCGAGCAUGACAAUUGGACACAGGUGCCUAACAUAUACUGUUGGUAUGUAACAUGAGUCAAUUUAAAAAUACACACUUUACUCUUAGCUGGUCUUCAUAAGUCAUAUAUACUUGAAAAUGAUGUGUAUCCAGGGGGCUCAAAAUUCACAAAAACAUGAAAUGGUAGUGUGUUUGAGGUGACUGUCUCCAUAAUACACAAAAACCUGUCAAUGUCCUCAUAUGUAGUAGUUUUGUCAUAAAUCAAAAAAAAAUUACGUCCUAGCCAAAAUCUGAGUAGAUGGCUGUCUUCCUGAUUUUUUUUCAUGGUUACCAUAUUUUUUUGGAGCCUGUAGGACCACGGGAAAGGCAUGUACCCAUAUGUCGGGUGAACAAACGGACGUCCUGAAAAUGCACCAAAACACGUAUGUGUG